AUGGACUUACUGGAGAGGCCUAACCCAAAAGGCUUCCUGAAGGAAGUGGAGUCCAGGGCAUCCCCACUGUCCCUAAGAGAAGUUAUUAUAGUACUAGGAAACGUCACUAUUUUUGAUGGCUUGCAUUUCCCAUAUACUGCUGUAGAAUACAAGCUGAAAAAACAAAGUUUUGAUAAGGGCUCUUUUGGUUUUUUUCAGAUUUCUCACACAAAGCUUUCUGAGGAUGAUGAAUGGAACCUGCAGCAGGAGCGGAUGUACAGGAUGCACCGGGGCCAUGAGUCCAUGCACGUGGAGAUGAUCCUGAUCUUCCUCUGCGCCCUGGUCGUUGCCCAGAUAGUGCUGGUGCAGUGGAGACAGAGGCAUGGCCGGUCCUACAAUCUGGUGACAUUGUUGCAGAUGUGGGUUGUCCCUCUGUAUUUCACGAUAAAAUUUUACUGGUGGCGGUUUCUGUCUAUGUGGGGAAUGUUCUCGGUUAUUACCAGUUACAUCCUCUUCAGAGCUACCCGAAAACCCCUCUCAGGGAGAACACCAAGGUAUGUAUACCCUUCCAUUUAUUUUGCUCAGCUCCAUAAGUUGUCUGGAUCCUUCUUGAGUCCCUCAUAUGCCAUGUUCUUAUUUCCUCUUGCUGUCGUUUUCAAUAGAAUCAAGGCUAGAGAUUCCAUGGACUUUGGCAUUGUAUCCUUGUUCUAUGGCCUCUACUAUGGGAUAAUGGGGAGAGAUUUUGCAGAGAUCUGUUCGGAUUAUAUGGCUUCUACUAUAGGGUUCUACAGUGGCAGUGGGAUGCCCACAAGGAGCUUGUCAGACAAUGUCUGCGCCGUCUGUGGGCAGAAGAUCAUUGUGGAGCUCAAUGAAGAAGGGCUCAUUGAGAACACCUACCAGCUCUCAUGCAAUCAUGUCUUUCACGAAUUCUGCAUCCGAGGUUGGUGUAUAGUUGGCAAAAAGCAGACUUGCCCUUAUUGCAAAGAGAAGGUUGAUUUGAAGAGGAUGAUCAGUAACCCCUGGGAGCGCACACACUUUUUAUACGGACAAAUCCUGGACUGGCUUCGUUAUCUGGUGGCCUGGCAACCUGUGGUGAUCGGAAUAGUUCAAGGCAUUAAUUAUUCACUAGGGCUGGAAUAGCACAGCAGACUCACUCCAGAAGGAACGUGUUGCAUGUUGAAAUAUUUUUAAAUCCUCGAUCCUACAUUUAAUAUCGAUAUUCUUGUUUUUAAUUUCAGAGAUGAUCCCAAGAGUUUAGAGAACUGAGCCUUACAUAAGGCAGUCUGUCUAUGUGGAAAGAAUUUGGAGAAAAGCUGAAUAUCAAAAGUUCAGGAAAAAAAAACAGAAGUAAAACUGAUGAAUCAGUGAAGUAGCGAUUAAUAAAAAUUUAUUGUGCAAAAAGAUAGUUUGCAAACCAGGAGCACUCAGACCAAAACACAGAAUGAGGCUCAGAGCUGUAUGUUAUAAAGCAGCCUAUAUAUAUAGUGUGGAGGCAGCGACUGUUUAUUCUUCAUGAUGAUUGGUUAUGAUACAGGAAUUUUCGUAAACGAAAGGGAAUUGGUUAGUGAUCACCUCAUCUCACUUUUGGGAGAAUAAUUUAAGGGUUGCUUAUGAUUUUCAGAGGUGUAAGCAAGAAGUGACCCUGGUCAAGUUAGCCUUGCUUGUCUUGCAAAAUAAGCUAAAUUCAGCUUCGUUCGUAUGACUAACUUGGUUUUGUCAACUGAGGAAGUUUUCAAGUCUGGCCUCUGUUUGUAUUUGGUUUUAACAUGAACAACAGAAUAAACAAAUAGAGCAUGCUUUGCA